AUGUUUCUCGCUGAGGUGGAACGAAAGCGCGAGACAGUGCUUAGGGAUCAAGAGCUCUGUCGGCGCAGACACGGUCUCGAACUCGACGAGAGCGAGCUCAAUCCCGAGGAAAUUGUGCAGGAAUCCUGGCGCGAGGACAAACUCUGGUCGCCAGCCUGGAUCGACCUUCCAGGAGGCAUAUGGCCCCAUGAAAAGCCAGAUAAAUCAUGGGAACGACUCAGGAAUGGCGCUGGGUGGAAAGAAAUUACUGUGAUAAUGCCGGACGGCUCGCAACAUAUUGCUGAAACCAUCUUCGGUGGCGACAUCGAUCUCAGCGGCAAGCUUCCACACGACUUUACGAGAUCGUCCAACGAAAGUGGGUCAAGCAACACUGAAGCAGAUCGCACGACCAUCGUGCCAGACGCAGAGACCUACCAGAAGGCGAAAUGGGCAGGAGGAGAGACAGGGAGGUUGUUAGGAGAUGCUCGAUCGAUCCAUCAAUACCCCUGGGUGCUACAGCAGCAGCAGCAGGCGCAGCAGGCCAGUGAAAGCCAAAAAGAAAAGGGGCCGACGACCGGAAAUCUUUCCGAUUAUGAUACCUAAUGAAAGGACAAGUUUCCCAUAAUCCCACCAGAUCCUACGAGCGAGCAACGAUCCACGUUUCCUCCUCCCCCUCUUCUUCUUCUUCUUCUUCUUCUUCUCUUCCCUCGCGACUUCCUACCCAAAAUUCCCUCCGACACUACUACGCCGCUCACGCACGCAUCCCUCUACCCGA